AUGGAGAACUACCGCCAAAUAUCACUGACUUGUAUUGUUUGCAAGAUUGCAGAAGCUGUGGUAAAGUCCCGUGUGGUCGACUUUUGGUAAGUCCUCAAUCUUUUUAAUCCAGACUAAUUUGCGUAUCUAAGGGGUAAAUCCACGUUGGCACAAUUCCUUACAUGUUACAAUGACUGAGCAAAGGUUAGGAAUUGCUCGCAACAAACGGAUAUCAUCUUCUUAGAUCUCUCUAAGGCUUUCGACAGCCUGCCACACGAGCGUUUGCUGCUGAAACUACAACGGUAUGGGACAGACAGCUCUCUACUGAUGUGGAUUAGAAAUUUUUUGACGAAUAGAAGGUAGCGUGUCGUGUUAAGGAGCAAUUGUUCAGACUGGUCACCCGUGAUUUCAGGUGUGCCUCAAGGAACAGUACUUGGCCCAAUCCUAUCUAUUAUUUAUAUCAAUGAUAUUUUGGCAAACAUUACAUCAACCGUGAAAAUCUACGCUGAUGAUACUAAAAUCUAUCGCGAGAUCAUGGAGCCUGAUAAGGAUAUACCAGCCUUACAGCUGGACUUGAACAAAUUAAGCGAUUGGGCUGGCAAGUGGCAGUUGCACUUUAGUCCUGAAAAAUGUGAAGCUAUGCGUGUAACGCACAGUAGAGACAGAUCCAAGCCAAGUUAUUCCCUCGGUACGCAACUAAAAUCUGUCGACAGUGCCAAGGACCUAGGGGUCACAAUAAACUACGAUCUAUCUUGGGGUAAACACGUUUCCUACAUAGUAAACAAGGCAAACAAAGUGUUAGGUAUAAUUAGGCGAUCACUUAGAAACGAUAAUCGGUAUGCAUUUUCCUGCCUCUUUAAGUCGUUAGUAAGACCUAUACUCGAAUACGCUGUCCCCGUUUGGAGCCCCUACCAAACAAAAGGAUAUCGAAUCCUUGGAAAAAGUCCAAAGAAGGGCAUCUCGGUUGGCGUUAAAGCAAAAACGCGGAGAAAUGAGCUAUGAAGACUGCUGCUGCCUAAUAAAUUGGCAAACUUUGGAGAAACGAAGAGAGUUUUUAUCUCUGAUCCAGUGCUACAAGACGGUUCUGGGAAUAGAUAGUUCCUUCUUCGAACUUUUUUGAACUUACUUAAUGUAAUCGAACUAGAGCCAAUCACGAUUAUAAGCUCUACGUAAAAAUAGCUAUCGUAAAUUGCUACAAAUUUUAUUUUUUUGUACGGACCGUUAAUAUGUGGAAUAAUUUGCCCAAAGAUAUUGUACACGCAAGAUCAUUGACUUUAUUUCGUAACAGACUAAAGAUUUACAUGAAUAUUGAUUGA